AUGUUUUUUUCAAUAUUCGGCAGCAUUGUUGACACUUAAAUUGAAAACGACGCCGUUUUUUACAUUACUAUAUCACCGUCAGCUUUGGCUGUCGAUUAUGCUAGGUUACCCACCUCCCCUGGCUCCUCGCUAACUUUCCUUAUUUUCUUCUGUUUUUCCUCCCCAAUCUGCUUUCUUUUCCGGCUAGGUUUCCCUAUUUUCUUCUGUUUUUCCUCCUCGAUCUGCUUUCUUCUCCGGCUAGAUAUGGGACGAGGUACUCGAGCAGCAGAUGCCCAGUUUGAGUUAGCCUCCCUCACAACAGCAACUGCCUACUUUGAGCCAGCCUCCCUCACGGCAGCAGUUGCCUACUUUGAUCCAACCUCCCUCAUAGCAGCAGUUGCCUACUUUGAUCCAUGGACCCAUCCACUCUCGCAGGUGCAGCAGCAGCCUCCAUUGCCUGAUCAGGAGCUUGGUGAUGAGGCACCAAUGGAGGAGGAUGCGGAUGAGUUGGUUGAAGAGCGUAACUUAGAAGCUGAGCUUGCUGCUGAGUAUGAUCAACUUGAUCCUGAGUUGGAUGCUGCACUUGAGGAGGAGCUAUCUCAUGCUGUCCAAAAGACAGGACGUGGCAUGGAUAAGGGGGAUGAAGCACUAGCGGAUCCAAGUCAGAGAAAACUACUCAAAAUAAAUCAGCGUGGGUCAUUUAGCAAUGAGAGAUUUGGCAGGACAGCAAUAGUUAUAUGGAAGUUUUUAUAUGAUGAACCUGUGCUUUUCUUGACUAAUUGGCCAGAGGAAAAGAAGAGGCUUGCAUGGGAGAUGUUCCAGGCAGCCAAGCGAGGGGGAGUUAGGCCAUCACAGCUAGAGACGUAUUUGUAUACUCACACAACUCGCAGGCCUGAAGGUCAAGAAGAUGCAACACCGGUUUGGGUGUGUCCAGAAGCUGAGCAGACAUAUACUGCUGCUCACCAAAAGUAUGUGGAAAAGCAUGGGCCAAACAAGGAGGUAUGGCCAGGAUGGGAUCCAGAAAUAUGGAAGGAUGUCGUCGGACCCCCUAAAAAGGGUCAGAUGAGAGGAUUGUCCACACUUCAGGACCCAGCAAAGCAUGGCAUACCAUGGCGACGAUAUGAGAUUAGUGAGGCCUCGUCCUCUACCACCAGGAUGCUUACGACGCAGGUCCAUCAGUUGCAGGCUGAGCUCGCACAAGUUCGGGAAGAAAUGGCAGAGCGAGUACAAUCAGAGACUGCACGUAUUCAGUCAGAGGUAUCACAGAGAGUUUCAAAAUUUGAGGUUGCUUUUGAUAGGAGAUUUCAAGAGCAUAUUGCAUUACUUAGCCAGCAGUAUGCAUCUAUAGGCUUUCCGCCAUCACAAACUGUUGCUCCUUCACGGCCUGGUGGUCCUUCACAGGCUGUUGGUCUUUCAGAGGCUGAUGGUCCUUCACAGGCUACUGGGUCCAAAUUUGAUCAUUUAUCGCCACCUACUUAGAUUUGCUUAGGGAUUUUGUGCAAACCGACCCACUUGUCCCUUCUAAGGAUUGUCUGCGACCGGAUCCCAGCCAUUACUUCCAUCUGUAAGAUAGGAAUAAAAUGGGUUUUGCUUUGUUUUGUUUGGGUUUUGAAGAUUUCCAAUACUAAUCCAUCAAGGCAGGGACUAAUCUAAUUCUUAGUUAUAAUAUAUAUGCUUAAUUAAU